UACCUCGCUCCCGGAAGUCGUAGCGAUGUUUAUGCUCGUUCAGCCCGGUGUUCAGUCCGCUGGGUCAGAGCCACGCUGAUCCGCCCGGUGAGUUGGUCAGUACCUUUGGGCUUGUUUCCUCUGUGUCCGGAACAUGUCCUCGUUUAGUCUCGCUGCUAAAUGUCGUGCGGUGUCAAUGAGAAUCCCUCGGCCUUCAUUUCACCUGUUAACAACCGAUGGAAGCUCAGCCACAGAGCUGGAGGAGCUCCACAGAGGGAGAAGCAGCUGCCUGCAGAGCCACAUCCCACACGGUACGCGCCCCUUGAGCUCUGAGCCACAUCCCUCCAAGGUGCCACAGGUUGCUACAUGGGAGCUGAUACCAGAGGACCAGCUUCCCCCGCCGGCCCGGCUGCCCGCCGCCCUGCUGGAGCAGCUGGAGCGGCUGGCCUUGGUGGAGUUCCCCCCCCAACAGGGACUGGCCUGCCUGGAGGAAGCCAUCCGGUUUGCAGAUCAGCUUCAUGUUGUUGACACUUCGGGGGUUGAGCCGAUGGACUCCGUUCUGGAGGACAGAGCGUUGCCGCUGAGGGCCGACGUCGUGGUGGACGCCGGCUGCGCUGAAGAACUGCUGCAGCUCUCCAAAAACACAGUCGAAGAAUAUUUUGUGGCACCACCAGGAAAUAUCCCUCUUCCAGGGAGGGAGGCGAGGGCCACCGUGUGGAAACACUCUGAAUGAUGACGUUUAUAACUCUUUUACAUUCAUGUGUGUUAUGUUUCAGUUUCUUUUCACAGAUGCAGUAUCGACACCUCGGUUAGUUUCAGUAUCACUGUAUUCAAAGUGUGAGUGAGUCCUGUUGGCAUCCUUUGAUACGAGGGGAUUCCCUGCAAUGGCACUGCAUUGUUUAAUUUAUGAUUUACAAUAUGAUCUGUUUUUUAAUUCUAUCUUUGUUUCACUUGAAUAAAAAACAAAACCAAUAUGUAAUCCUA